UCAUUGUUCUCUGUGUUGGAAACAAGGUCUCAUCAUGCAGAACCAUCGGGUGAGUCGUAGGGUGGUGGACAGCGACCGUAACAGUGGAAUACCGGAUUGUAUUUACUGGAAUGAGCAACAGGUGGCGAACUGGAUCGAAGAGCAGGGAUUCCCACAGUAUAAACAAAGCUUCCUGACCAAUUUCGUCACUGGUCGGAAGUUGAUCGUCAUCGACACGUCAGCACUGCCGAGUAUGGGUGUAACAGACUUCGACGAAAUGAAGCGUCUGACGAAACUGAUUCGGGACCUGAUAAGAGUACCCAAAAUACACCCGAAACCUGAGGUGGCCAUGAGGAAUCCUAGGGUGGCUUAUUUGGAGAUGAAGCGCAGAACUGGUCGAAAGAUGAACAAUACCACGUACAAAUCGUUCAUACAUCAACAUCUCAACUUCUUUUCUCUGCGGGACAAAGGAAAAUGAAAUAAAAUGUUGAUAAUGUCAGUUUUGCUCACUCAAAACAAAUGCAUUAGACUG